UUUCAACAUUGUCAAUGUCAAAUUCUUAGUGCUUUUCUAUCUUAUUUAUAACAUUUCAAAGCGCCACAAUAAAUAUUUGGUUGAUUGUAGAACGACAUUUUCCAAUGUAGAUUAUAUUUAAGUUAUUCAUAAUGAGUUCCCAAUCUAGGGAUUUAGCAUCCUGUUCGUCAAUCUCUGAAAAUAACGAUGAAAACAUUAACAACAAUGAUGAUCUUGAGGUUGAUAAUUCUAGAUGCGUUCUCCUAAAGAUAGCCACAAUGUAUGCGGAGCAAUUAAUGAGUGAUUUGAUCCUUGAUGUUGGAGGAGUGGCAUAUCCAGUGCACAGACUCAUUCUGUGUGCUAGCAGUGAAGUGUUUCAGGUAAUGCUGAUGAAUAGAGAAUGGAGUGAGUGUAAAAAGACACGCAUUGUGCUCCAAGAGAAUCCUGUUGCGGCAUCUGUCUUCCCACAGUUUCUUAAAUAUUUCUAUACUGGUCAAAUUAAAAUAUCACACCAAACAGUUCUACCCGUACUAUCUCUUGCUGAUAAAUAUAAUGUUUCGGAUUUGAUGACAUUAUGCCUGGAGUACAUGGGCCAGCAUGUAGCUCAGGCAGCACAGCGCGGACAGCUCAUUGCUUGGAUGCAGUACACAAUGGCCUGCGGACAUAAUAAAGUGGCUAAAGCGUGCCAGAACUUCUUCAAGUGGAACCUGGAGUGGAGCUGGCAGGACAGCGAGCUGGACGAGCUGGAGGGGGAGACGCUGGCGCAGCUGCUGCAGCAGAACGACCUCGUCGUGCACAACGAGAUGAGCGUCUACAAGUUAGUGCAGGUGGUGAUAUUGCCGCUGACGGACUACUGCUACGUGAGCCCGGCGGAGGUGGCCGGCGCUGACCGCCUCAAGCCCUGA